AGCGAGAACUUCUCCGUGAAAGACUUAGGGGAUGCUAGUUAUGUCCUUGGCAUAAGAAUCUACCGAGAUAGAUCAAGAAAGUUAAUAGGUCUGAAUCAAAGUACAUAUAUAGAUAAAAUCCUUGAUCGAUUUAGCAUGUCUAACUCAAAGAAAGGAUCUUUACCUAUGACACCUGGCACGGUUCUUUCCAAGAACCAGAGUCCUUCUACUCUUGAGCAGAAGGAACUCAUGAUGAAG